UCUCUUCCACCAUCUUCGCCCACAAUGAGUGCGGAAGAACACCCCCAGACGAACCCGCUCAUUCCAAAGCAGUCGCGCACACCCUACCAUAUCAGUGGCAAACCCGAGAAGCAGGAUCUCGUCGAUGAGUACAAGGGCAAGAACCUCGAUGCGCUCAGGACGCCCGCACUCAUCAUCGACCGCGCGGUCUUUGCGCGCAACUGCGCGAAGAUGCACGAGCACGCCAAAGCGCUGGGUGCGCGGUUUCGUGCACAUGUCAAGUCCCACAAGACACCAGAAGGCACACGGCUGCAACUCCUCUCAAAUGCCGACGAGACGCACUCGAUCGUCGUAUCGACCGUCAUGGAAGUGUGCGAGGUCUUCCGUGCAGGCCUGAUGGCCGACGGCACCGUGAAGGACGUCCUAUAUGGCCUCCCUAUGGCGCCGAACAAGAUCGCAGAUCUCUCUGCGCUCACGGACGAGCUCGCGGCGGUCGGCGCGUCCAUGCGGAUCCUCAUAGAUCACCCAGAUCAAGUGAAGGUCAUCGAGGCCUGGGAGUCCACGAAGGCAAAUCACAGACGGUGGUCGGUGUUCAUCAAGGUUGACUGUGGCUCCCACAGGCGAGCAGGGCUUAAGCCUGACUCUCCUGCAUUUGAUUACCUCCUCCGUGCUGUUCUCGCCUCUUCCUCCAUCUCCCUCUACGGCUUUUAUACCCACGCAGGCCACUCGUAUGCGUCGACCUCGUUUGCGGAGGCUGCAGACUUCCUCCUGGCCGAGGUUAACGCGGUGAACGACGCGGCAACCCUUGCGCUGUCGAUCAUCGCGAACACACCUGGGAUGCACCAUCCUAGAGAAGCCUUCGUGCUCUCCGUGGGUGCCACGCCCACUGCACACGCAGCUACCGAAGAACUCAAGAUCAGAGUGGAGUCCGGUCUGAACGGAGUUCUGGAACUCCACGCAGGCAACUACCCCCUGCUGGACCUCCAACAACUGAACACGAGUCUGAUCACACACCGCGAUAUCGCCCAGCGGGUGCUCGCCACCGUGAUCUCGUUCUACCCCGGCCGUGGCGAGGACGGGUCUGACGAGGCGAUGUGCGACGCGGGUGCCCUCGCGAUGAGCAAGGACACAGGGCCGCGACCAGGAUACGGCGACGUGAUUGGCAAGCCCUGGCGGCUGAGCCGCGCGGCACAGGAGCACGGGAUCCUGACGAUGAUGUCGCCCGCGUCGUUCGAGCUCGGGCCGCUGCAGGGCGACGGGAGCCUGAAGCUGGGAGACAUGGUGCAAAUCGUUGGGCAGCACGCGUGCUUGACCCUGGCUGGAUACCCCUGGUACUAUGUCGUGGACUCCGACGUCAGUGACGCCAAUGUGGUCGUCGACGUCUGGGUGCCGUGGAAGGGGUGGUGAGCGAGGGGAGGUCGAGUCUUGGUAGGAAGCAUGGGAGAUUUUUUGUACAAUUACAUGCCGUGGUGUAGGAAUAAUUGCUCGAUUGAACUGUUGGACUCUGUCUC